AUGAAUACAAAAAGUUUGUUUCCGAGAAAUGUUACCUGAGCUUUGAAGAUGACGAGCCCUGUGAAGCACAGACACGAUAAUACAGCAGUAAUGUUGCUUGCUGCUGUUGGCUUGGCACUCAUUACCAUUCUCAGUGUGUGGAAGUUAAAACAAUUUAAAUAUAGACUUAUACAUGAAACUGGCGGUGCAAUGUUUUAUGGUAUGCUGGUUGGGUUGACAGUCAGAUACUUGUCAUCUGAGUCAGAAGGACAUCUGGUCAACAUGGAGACUGUGUACACUUGUGGUGGACUCAACAGCACUCCUCACAUCUUGACGAUCAACGUGACGUCUCACUCUCUCUGUUUUAGACACAUUGGAAAGGUCAACGGAAGAUGCCCGACGGUCUCAACCCCUCAUAUGGUAACCAUGGAGACCUUUGAUCCCGAGGUCCUUUUCAAUCUGUUCCUGCCACCCAUCAUCUUCCAUGGAGCGUACACCCUUAAUCAGAGAAGAUUCGGUGAGAAUCUUGGAUCAAUUGUGACUUUUGCUUUUUUGGGCACCAUUAUCAGCUGUAUUAUCAUGGGGGCCUGCGUCUUCGGCUUCACCAGACUGAUGGUGCUGGUUGGGAGUGCAGCAGAUGGAGACUUCUUCCUCACUGACUGCCUGCUGUUUGGAGCCAUUUUGUCAGCCACUGACCCAGUGUCAGUUCUUGGCCUGUUGUCAGGGCUGCAUGUGGACGUGGAUCUGCACACCCUGCUGUUCGGCGAGAGUGUCCUGAAUGAUGCCGUGGCAAUCAUCUUGACUCAUGCUAUCGUCAGCUACAGCCAGAUGGAUCAGCGACACAGCUUCAACCCCCUCGCUUUACUCCUCUCUGUCGGUUAUUUUCUCUGGGUGCUCGUCGGCUCCUUCCUCCUGGGUUUCACGUUUGCAGUCAUAACAGCCCUCCUCACCAAAUACUCUCGGCUGUGUGACAACCCUCUUCUGGAAACAUCGGUAGUCUUCUUGCUGUCCUGGAGCAGCUUCCUCUCAGCUGAAGCCUGUGGACUUUCAGGUAUUGUUGCAGUGCUGUUUUGUGGCUUCAGCCAGGCAAGGUACACGGUUCACAAUCUCUCCGACGAAGGCAAAACCAGGACAAAGCAGCUCUUUGAAGUCUCCAACUUCCUGGGGGAGAUUUUCAUCUUCAGCUACAUGGGAUAUGUAUUGUUGACGUCCCCUCACCAUGUCUUCAAAGCCCUCUUCAUUUCUGGGGCGUUUCUCUCCAUCUUUAUAUCAAGAGCCUGCAACAUCUAUCCUCUGUCAUUCCUCCUGAACCUGAGACGUAGGACCAAGAUACCUCGCUCCUUCCAGCACUUCAUGAUGCUCACAGGUUUAAGAGGGGCUGUAGCAUUUAGCUUGGCUGCAAGAGACACGACCACAGAAGUGAGGCGCACCAUCUUCACCACCACCCUGCUGCUGGUUGGCUUCACCGUGUGGGUGCUGGGUGCGGCUGCUGACCCCAUGCUGCACUGUCUGGAUAUCAGAGCAAAGGAUGAUGCAGAGGAAAAUCCAGAGGACCUUUCUUUUGAGGUUGCGACAGGGAGGCCAGACACAACACAGGGCCUGUGGCACCGCCUGGACUGCAAAUAUCUAAAGCCUCUGCUGACACAUCAUGGUCCUCCUUUGACUGACUCACUACCCCGGUGCUGCGUGGUAUUUGGCAGAUUCUUCAGCAGCAUGAACAUCGAGGAGGAAGGGGAGCAGCUGUGUGAGGCUGAAGCAGACGACUCCACCUGUGAUUUGGAGAAAUCAGAGCACCAGCUGGCAUCAAUAGGUGGCGACUCCGCAUCCGAGUACCAUGAAGACCUGCUGGAAGGAGACCUGGGCCUGGGCACUGCUGCAGCUGCGGCGGCGCCCUCCAGGGAGGGCUGAGGCUUCAGGACUCACUUUUAACCCCUGUUUAUCACCCUGUGCUGCCUCAAGGCUAAGACCCUGCCUCCCACAGUGAAUAAGGUUCACUGGCAGAGGCAUCUGAGAGGAGCUGACCGGGAGUCAGAGUUACAAAAGCUUCGCGGAAAGGUCACACACCCCCCUUGUGCUGACAUGCAUGCAAAGACACACUCACAGAGGGAGAAAAAAAAGCUGUUACAAAAGGCCAUUGCUCUUUCUCUUACUCUGCUCAUGAUAAUUCUUGGCUUGUUUUGCUUAAGAGUCGAGGAAUUUAAUAGCUGAAAUACAAAUGUGCUUAAAGUCCUCCAAACUGAAAGCACAAACUGACCUUUGUUGCUCUUUUUACACAGAAAACAACAGUUUGAAGCUCAAUGUCUUGUGAAAAUGAAAGACUCUAAGUCGAAGAUUUGUCCCCAGUGAAAUUGCGUUGUUCUAGUUGGUUCCAAAAUGUUGUAGUUUCAAGUUUUAGCUGGAUUUACCCAGGAACAUUCACUGUGAUUGAAAGCUUUACAGUUCUCCCUAAUCAGCUGAAAUGGUAUUUUUAUGCCCACUGUGCUUUGCUCGUCCCCAACUCCUUAUUAAACUUUUAUAGCAGUGUUUUCCUACCGCAAUCCUUUUAACUCACUCAAAAUGUAUUCUACUGAAUUUAUUACCCCUUCAUCUCCCUCCACGUCUUGCUUAUCAUCCUGUAGAGGGUUUGAAAACUCCCUAAUGCCUGGGUAUAUUAACAGCAUUAGGAAAACGGACAAUCAGCAUGUGAGGCUCUUCUAUGGAUUGCACUGUGCUGCUCUCGGAGUGCCUCCUUAUAAAUCUCAAGGCCCUGUUUUUCCCUUGUGAGAUGCUUGCUGUACAAUCCCAGUCUGUGAAGGUUAGGCUCUGAGAACAUGCAGACUGUUUUUCUUACAUUAAUAAAGCCAUUGUCCUUGAAGUGA